GUCUUCGACAAGAUCAGACUUGUUGUUAAAGAGACAGAGAACAUGUCAAAAUUGUAUCUGCUUCUAUCAGCCGUUUUGGCUUUUCAAGCGAGCCAAGCUUGUGAUGGUGCCAAUCCAAAUGAAGAACAAUACGCAACUGGAAGGCAGCUAACACAAAACUAUUUUACCCAUGCCUAUGGAUACACUCCAUAUUUGUGGAACGCCCUAUACUAUCGCCCAAGAUUUCCUGCUUUAGUCUAUGCCAGCCCAUACGAAGGACGAACCGUGAAUCGGACUCCAGUUAGCAGUCCACAAUUCAGAACAAAUCUUCAGGGAGAUGACAUAAAUGGACGUGAAGAUGAGGAUGUCCAGAACGAAGCAAACACGGAUGAUAAAGAAGAUCGUUUUGCAUUAGGCGGUGUAAUUACAGAGAAUUUUAUCAGCACGAGACCUGUGGAGUUCAACAGCGGAUUGAGCACUUUUAACCCUUGGGGUCAAAAAAUCAAAAACAUCGUUAACCUAAGUCCAGUUUCUGUCAAUCCCAAUGUUAAUUACCAAGUCGCUACGUUCGAUUCGUGCAUAUCACGUAACGGCGAUGCGGGAAUUUGCGCCUCACGAGCCGUUUGUUCGCUGUUUGGUGGCAGAUCUAGUGGUGUCUGCAAUCUGGGGUUAACCUGCUGCGUCAAUGCCAUCAACACAUGUGACGGUGCAAUCACGCUCAACAACACGUACUGGCAAUCACCAGCCACACCCAUAACGGCACCUUCGUCCUGUUCGCUGACUGUCGCGCUAGACAGUAAACGCAGGGAACAAAUAAAGCCCAUUUGUCAAAUACGUUUGGAUUUUGUUUCCUUCACGACCAGUCAACCAACAGGAGGGACGUGCACCGAUACUUUUGAAGUGUUUGGAUCUUCUAACAUAGCGCCAGUCAUUUGCGGGGAUAACAGUGGCCAGCACAUGUAUCUUGAUGUUCAAUCGUCGGCACUUAGCUCUACCGACCUCAAGUUGAAAUUCAACUUUGCUGUGGGCACACAAGCGUAUCCAUACAUACCGCGUUCAUGGAACAUAAAGAUUGCUAUGCUUCCGUGUGGUGUCUCUUAUCUCGCUCCCAAAGACUGUCUUCAAUAUUUCACGUCCGCCAAGGGCAGGGUCAGUUCAUUCAAUUGGCAUGACGUCUCUAGCACUUCAACUCGUCAGCUCAAUAACCAACACUAUCGGAUCUGUUUCAGGACGGAACUGCUCAAAGCACAUCCAACAAAAGCGACUCAAAUGUGUUUGUCUGUUUGCUCGGUGACCAAUGGAGGCGACGCCUUUUCAAUAACGACAGUACCACCCAGCGGCGGUUCUAGCACAGCAUCUGCAACCAGUUACGCUGCAACACUUUCUGCUGUCGGUACAACUUUCAAGGAUUCCGUGAAAGGAACCAGGGCUGUCUGUUUGUACGAUUUCCUUCUUAUCGCUGGUGGAAGAGAUUCCAACAAUGUCGAAGCCGAUCGUUACUGUGGUAACGCAUUAAAUCCCGCUGUCAUAGGACAAGGAGGUCCUCGUCUUACGGUGACCGAACCUCCACCUGGUGGUUUGCCAUCCAGCGUCCAGGUUUGCUCUUCGCUUAUGCCUUUUCGGCUAAUAUACCGAACGGAUGGCACUGAAGAGGAGAUAUCAGGAGUCACGUCGUCGAACAUUAUUGCGGCAGCUGCUGAUACAGCCAACACUGGAUUUUGCCUAGAUUUCGAAGAGAAAUAGAAAACUAGCAGAAUUUUUAAAUGUUGUUGGCGUA